AUGACUCUGCUCGGUUGGUGCAGCAAUAACGGCAUUCGAAUCGAUUCACGGAUACGCAUCAUCGAGAACGGUAACCAUGAUGGAGACAUAUCGUCGGACAAUGCAGGUAUCAGCGAAUUUGUUGGUGGCGAUGGUGCAAUAAGCGUGUGGUCUCGUGAAUGCAUCGAAUCUCCCGCUACUCUCGUGCACAUCCCAAAAAGUGCUGUUCUCUCAGUAAGAUCUUGUUCUUUGUCCCAGCUGAUCGCUCCCAUCCCGUACGGCAACGGUGCACACCUCGCUCUUGCACUCGCCCUAUACGGAGAGUUGUUGCGAGACGUGGAAUCACGAUGGUUCGGGUACCUCCAGAGCUUGCCGCGGGAAAUUGUAGACAUUGCUCUCUUUUGGGGUGUCGAGGACGGCAUUCUGCACACACAGGAUUGUACCAACCGCGGAAGUGAUACUGCACUCUCCACAGCACGCAAGUUCGCGGAAAAUCUUACAGGCGCCAGGGGCAGACACUUUCGUGAGGACUGCGCAUUUGAAGCACUCGAAAGUUCAGGAUGCUCAGGAUGUGAUCGCUUACGAGAUGGUCUUGUUGCACGAGAAUGGCUUAGAAACACCGAGAUCGAGAGAGAAGUGCAAGGGUUGUUGGAUGAGGUUCGUCAGUAUUAUUUCGACAUCGUGGAGCCCACACUGCGAUCAGUCUUCGUGCGCGGGAGCGAGGAUGGAAGGGAGGCAUUGACAAGUUAUGAAGGUACUGACAGUUCAUCUGGUGCGAACGAUAAAAAUGGAGCUGAUCGCGCUGAAGUUCGUGCUGAAAACAACGUUCCUGGCGCUCCUUUCCAGAUGGUAGACACGAGGGAGAUAACCCUGGCCGGGUUCUACCACGCAUACUCCCUGGUCUCCUCGCGCGCGUUCUUGGUCGAUGCAUAUCACGGUCUUGCCAUGGUCCCAAUCGCAGAUGCUCAGCCCAAGGAGGCAGGCUUAAUGAACUCGUGCAUAUCGGGGUCGGGUGCGCCGCUAUUCGGUUCCGGUGCGGGUAAAGCGAUGAUUAUCGAAAUUAUGGUGAAAGGACGAACGAUAAUAAUACGAGUGGGUGCGCGCCAGAAGGCGGUUAGACUCGAUCAGGCUGGACUAGUGGUCCUUGCCGUUGGGUUAACCGCGGCUUGCAGGCUUACCGCGGCUCACCGAUGGCGGUCAUCCGUUCCUUUCCUUUCCCGCCCGCCCCCCUUCAGAAUUGUUGCGGUUUACGCGGAUGCAUUCUUCUUUAAUUAA